CAAGUCCCAAACAACUAAUUAAAAAGCAUAUAUUGACACGUAGCCAGCAUUUUACCUGCGCGUAACAAAAGGUUUCACUAAUCCGCGCCAGCUUGCGCGUCAUAAACCCAAGCAGAUGCAACUGCUGUCAAGUUUACCUGCCAACACGCAUAUAAACACGGCGCUGCAUCUGAACCCUGCACAUUUAGUGUUUGAUUUUGGCACGGCCAACAAGUCAUAUUUCGCGAUGGUGCUUGAAGCCGAUAUACGGAAUAUUGUGCAUACACUAAAGGAUAACUACAGCCACGAGGAGAUCGCACAGAUGCUGGAGUGUGAUGUUGAAAGCGUGACCAGCUGCAUUACCGAAACUGAGCAGCAUGAUGGCAAAGUGGCUGCUAAAUUGAAGCUGAGGCCGCUGCCCGAAUUGCAGAGCAGGCGGGAAGUUGGACGACCGAAAGUGUUUGAAAAUCGCAAGCUGGUCGAGCAGAUGCUCUGCGAUCAUCCGCACUAUACGUCCAUAGAUGUGCAGCGCGAGCUACUCACACGGUUUGGCAUUGAGGUGAGCCGUCGCACGCUGCAGAGGCGCAUCAGCGAGAUAAGGGCGCGCCCAUUUCCGCCAAAGAAUCGAGGCUUGAGUGCGACUGUACGGCAGAGACGCCUCGAAUGGGCACGCGCUCACGAGGAAUGGACGGUGCAGGACUGGCGCAACAUCUUCAACAUGGACGACCAGAAAGUUAUGGUAGAUUCAACGCCCAAAGAGAUAUACUUGGACACCUUGGUGGGCCCCGAUUGCGGCGAAUGCACUGAUUUGAACCUGCUGGAGCAACUAAUGGCCAUCAUACAGCCCAAGAUACAAACGCAGGCGCCACAAAAUGUCUACGAGUUCCGCUCUGUGCUCUACGACAUUUGGCACAGCGAUCAGGAGCUGGUGAACAAGAUAGAUCACCUAUACGAGUCGAUGACGUGGCGUGUGGAGGCUGUCUUACAAAGCGGCGGCGCAGAAAUUGACUUUUGCUAGACGGCCGAGCUAAUUGUUUAUCUUUUGUGGCAAAUACACUUGAUUAUUAUAUUAGUUGUUUAAGCACAAACACAUAAUUGCUUUCAUUAAACAUUUUAGCUUACAA